AUGUCCACCAUUGACAACGACUGCGUCAUCAGCAUCCACAAGCUGAUUGACGCCUACUGCUCGGACCCGUCGGUCAUUCCCGGGUUUGUGAUGAACGUGGUCAACCGCCGGGGCGAGCUGCUGGUCAACUACGCGGCCGGCCAAAUGGGACUCGACAACCCCGCGCCCAUGACCACCGACUCGGUGUUCUGGCUGGCGUCCUGUUCGAAGCUCAUUGGAGCCAUCUGCGCCAUGCAGCAGGUGGAGAAGGGUCUGAUUGGCCUGGACGACUCCGACAAGCUGGAGGAAAUCUGCCCCGAACUGAAAGAAGUCAAGGUGAUCAAAAUGGUCGACAAAAAACCCACUCUGGUGGAGAAGAAGAACCGAAUCACCCUGAGAAUGCUGCUCAGUCACACGGCCGGCUUUUCGUACUCCUUUUUCCACCCCUGGCUCAUCAAACUAUUCCCCCAUGUCGACGAGCUCGCGGGAGACAAACACGUGCUGGACACCGCUCUGGUUUUCGAGCCCGGCACAGACUGGGGCUACGGAACCAGCAUGGACUGGGUCGGCGUGGUAAUUGAGCGCCUGCGAGGCAAACCUGUGUCGCAGAUUGUCCAGGAAGACAUUUUCGAGCCUCUGGGAAUCACAGAUAUCGAAAUGAAGCCCACCCAGAGCAUGCGAGACCGACUGGUCAACCUGCACCAGAAAGACGCCGAAAACGGAACCAUGACCCAGCGAGAACAUGUAUACUCUUUGGACGCUGAGUUUGAGUCCUUCGGAGCAGGCUACUUUGCAAAGGGUAGCGAGUACGUCAAACUACUGGCCAUGCUGCUCAACAACGGAGUGGGGCCCGACACCGGCAAGCAAGUGCUCAGUGAAAAGUCUGUAGACGACAUGUUUGCCAACCAGAUCCCCCAGUGGCCCAAUUACGGCCGACGAGCCACUCCCCCGGGCAAGCCAGAGUACACCAAUGCUCUCCCCGAGCUAUACCCUCAAGGAAACGCUCCUCAGGGCUGGGGUAUUUCGUUCAUGUUGACAAUUGAGCCCACCGAUACCGGCCGCGGACCCAACACUGGCUGGUGGAGUGGAAUCAUCAACACGUUCUGGUGGGUCGAUAGACAAAAGGGGGUUGCGGGCCUAGCCCAGUCCCAGAUUCUGCCGUUUGGUGAUGAGGAUGUCAUGGUUCUGUGGAACACCAUUGAAGCCAUGAUUUACAAGAGUCUGGUUGAGGACAAGUCCAAGUUGUAG